AUGGAUAAAAGGAAACUAUCGACUGCGGGGGAUAGCCUGUAUCAAAUACUGCAAGUCCCAAAAACGGCUACACAAGACGAUGUCAAGAAAAGCUAUCGGAAAUUAGCGUUAAAAUAUCAUCCCGACAAAAAUCCCAACAAUCCUGAAGCUGCCGAGAAAUUCAAAGAAGUAAAUCGUGCACAUACGAUUUUAAGUGAUGGCACGAAACGAAAUAUAUAUGAUAAUUAUGGAUCUCUUGGUCUUUACAUUGCUGAGCAAUUCGGCGAAGAAAACGUCAACGCCUAUUUCGUGGUGACAAGCACUUGGUGCAAGGCCCUGUUUAUUGUUUGCGGCAUUUUGACCGGAUGCUACUUCUGCUGCUGCCUCUGCUGUUGUUGCAAUUGCUGCUGUGGCAAGUGCAAACCACGUCCGCCCGAGGAGUCGGUGAUUAUCACACACUGGAGCGGGAUGAUUCAGAUGGCGUGCAAGCCGUGA